AUGGUACAGCAAACUAAGGUGGUGGUGUCCCUGGUGGGGCCCUACAAGCUCUACGGUGAACUGCUGGUCAAGGUCUGUGCUGAGAACGGUGUGCACUACUGUGACCUAACCGGGGAGAUCGUGUGGAUCGAGGAGAUGACAGCCAAGUAUGCGGCCACUGCGGCGAAGACAGGCGCAGUGCUGGUCAACUGCUGCGGCUUCGAGAGCAUCCCGUCAGACCUCACGACGUUCCUCGUAGCCGAUCGCAUCCAGAAGAAGCUCAACUCGGCCACGAGCACAGUCGACCUCUACUUUACGGAUUUUAAGGGUGAGGCGAGUGGUGGUACUCUGGCUUCAGUGUUUGCCGUUAUGGAGACGUCGACCAGCAAGCAAUUGCUAGCCUCGCGUAACCCGUUCUUCCUGACGGACGACAAGACGAUCGCUGAGAAGCAACAGGCCGGACUGGUGGCGCCCAAUACGAGCGGUAUUACUGUAAAAUACGAUAAGGCCAUGGGUUUCUGGCACUCGCUCUUUAUCGGCGCCUCGGUUAACCAAGCUGUGGUGCACCGCAGCAACUACCGCCUGCAUAACAAGUACGGCGACAAGUUCGUGUACCACGAGCGCAUGGCCAUCGGCGGUUUGUUCAUGCAGCUACUGGCUACAUUCGGAACGAUUGUAGUGGGCAUUAUGCUCUACUUUGGCUGGACACGUGCACUGCUCAAGCGACUGGCGCGUGCUCCUGGCCAGGGUCCGUCGGAGGAGUCCAUGCUUCAAGGCUACUUUAUCGCAGAAGCUGCGGGGUACACGGACGACGGCAAACUAGCCGUGAAGGCCAAGACGGUGGGAUCGGGCGACCCUGGCUACCGUCUUACGUCGCGUCUCAUCUCCGAGUGCGCAUUCUGCUUGGCUAAGGACGAGUUCGGCGACGCCAAGAGUCUCAAGGGCGGCUUCUACACGCCGGCCAGCGCGUUCGGACACAAGUUGGCUGACCGUUUGCAUACCAAGAAGUUUAUCAUGUUUGAGCUCAAGGACAUGGCGUAA